AUGUCACAAUCUCCUAGAAACAAUUCAUCGAAUGGUGGUGAUGGGUUUGAAUGUAGCGAAGAUAGGAAAUUCAUCGUAUUUGUAGUUUCAUGCGUAGUACUUUGUAUGUUAUUUUGUUUUACGUUCGUGGUUACAUGCUAUCAAAAACAACGACACAAUCGUAUUUCUUCACAGCAGUCUCCAAAUAUACAAAUGAAUAAUCCAAAUAUUGACUCAUAUGAACCACCACCACCACCGUACAGUGGGCAUUUUGGAUCACGAGCGCCACCAUCCUAUGAUCAACUCAAAUUUUGA